UUGAGGAAUUCCCUUCCAUCUUCCAUUCAGUUUGGGAUCCCUUUGUUGUGCUUAGAUUCCUGAUCUGUUGGAUGUUCUCCAUAUUAUGAUCUCCCCAAAAUAAACAUGGAGGCCAAAGCUGCCAGUGUUUGCGCUGCUGCUGCUGCUGUUGCUGCUGGUUUCUAUAUCUAUUUUGGACCAGCAACACCGGAAAGAAAAUCGAACAAAAGAGGAUUAUGCGCUGGACUGUACAAUAUUGGUAAUACUUGUUUUAUGAAUUCUAUUUUUCAGGGUUUAGCAUCAUUACAGUCAUUUGUCAUGUGGCUUGAAGGAUAUUGUUGGGAAUAUGGUGAAAAGAAAGAACAAGUCAGACUUGGGAAUGUAUUGGGGGAUCUUUURAAAGAGCUAAAUCUAGAAUGGAAUGACGACGAGGCUGCUUUGACUGCAAGACCUCUGAUUCAAGUAUUACAUCAUCAUGGAUGGGUAAUUACCCCUGACCAGCAGGAUGCUCAUGAAUUUUUUCAAGUUUUAUUCUCAACGUUGGAAGAUGAAAUGGGACAACUUCCAGCUGUACUUGACUUUAAUCGAAUUGCCACAUUUGAGAAAGAAAAAGAUGAAACAGAUGGAAGUGCAGUGCACAGAAAUCACACUCCAGUUCUUAGACGAUGCAGCAGACGGCGAAGUCCAUUCAGAGGUCUUAUUGCUAGUCAAUUAGUAUGCAAGACAUGUUUAACAAAGUCUCCUGUCAGGUUUGAUGGCUGUGAUAGUUUGUCACUUAGUUUACCUCCAACGAUACAGGUGAACAAGAUUGGAUUGAGCAUAGAGGAYUUGCUUAGACAGUUUGUAUGUUCWGAAACAGUAAAUGCUGUGGAAUGUAAGGAGUGUGCUCGAAAAGAGAAUCAACAAAAUGAAACAAAGUCUACCUUUGUUAAGCGCCUUACAAUUGGCAAGGUCCCUCAAUGUUUGUGUAUCCACAUUCAGCGCACAUAUUGGCACACUGAUGGAAUACCUUACAAGAAUACAAUGUAYAUCAAAUAUCCUGAAUAUCUCAACCUUGCUCCCUUUAUGUACAUGCCAGCAGCAUCGAGUCCAAGGAAGUUUCGACUUGAUGUUCCUUUUCCUUAUUCUGGUGCUAGUACUCCAGAAGGCUCAAUAACRCCUACCAAUACAAACGACCUCAAAGCUGAACUUGGUCAGCUAUUAACCAGCAGUUUGCUGUCUUCUUUUUCAUUUAGUCGACAAAAUUCUGAGACAAGGACGCGUACAGUAUAUAGAUUGACAGCUGUCACCGCCCAUCUUGGUGACGUCAACGACGGUCAUUACGUCACAUAUCGUCGAUUUGAACCAUCUAACAGCAGCAAGCCUUCUUUGUGGGUAUACACGUCUGAUGACGUUGUUGAAACAGCAACACUAGACCAAGUUUUAUCUUGCAAUGCAUACAUGCUAUUCUACGAGCGAUGUCCAGCAGGAUUUGAAUUUGAACCAUUGUUUGACAAAAUAGAUGAAGAGGUUACAAAGAAUUUUGGAUUUGCAGACGAUCAAGAUUGAAGGAAAACUGUCAGUGAGUUUGUUCAAUGACUUGUCCAAACUGAACACUUUUAUCAUCCUGACAGUUCUACUAGRCAAACUGAACCUCCAGUCAAUAUAAGCUACGAGAGAAACGACGAUUUUAGGCCUGGUUGUUUAAAGGCCGAUGGGCGUCAUAGGUUUUUGUAAUAGAUGAGCCCAGGGUAGCGUUCAUCGACUUUUAGAUAACCCCGCCCUGAUCCCAGUUGCAGAAAGGGUGGUAGCUGUAAAGCAUCCAAAACCUUCCCGCGGUAUAGACUGGACCUCUGCGAAAUAAUAUAUGAUAAGAAGAUAAAUUAAGAAGAUAAGGACUUCCUGAGCCUGGUGGAUUGUGGUUUUUAGUUUCCAGGCUAUACUUCAUUAAUGAAUUUGACUGUAUGACCAGAACAAGAACAAUAUAUGAACAAACAAUUAUGGUAUAUGGCAUUUCUGUACGAGAUGUUUUUUUACAGAUUAGUAGUAUUAUAGUAGUUUGGUGGAUCAAUGGGAUCAAUCUACUCAUCUAGAAUAAACAAUCUGUUUAUUUAAAAACAGUUAUUUAUGACAGUGAAUAAACCAUAACUCAAAG